UUUUAAACCGUGAAGCAAAUAUGAUAGAGACAGCAUUUAUGUUUUAAAAUAUAUAAUAUUCAGCAUCUAUAUAGGAAUAAAUUGAACUAAGGUUGUCGUAGAUAAGACUGAGUCCUCUGUGUAAAUGUUGAUGAUUUUAUGUGAUUUGUACAUUUGAAAUGGAACUAUUUUAACAUGAUUCAGAAGUAUUCGUUUCUAAAACACUGACAAUGGAUUAAAGAAGAACCUUAUACGAUAUUUGUGGCUUGCAGACAAAUAAAAUGGCUUCAGUACCGGACCCCACUUUGUCAAAACCCAAAUUUCUGAACUGGAUUAAGGCUGCGUUGGCUAUUCUUUUCACAAAAGAAGAAAUAGAGCCUGUUGUUUGUGAUGAAAUUGUACAGUUCCAACAAAAGUGUCUUCAGGAUAUUUCUAUAUCAAACGGAUUAUCAGCGGGGAGCACCUGUUCAAACUGUAAGACGGAAAAUAUUGUUGUUUGUCCAACAAAUAGGAUAUGUAACGUCAAUCGAGGAAAAUGCGGUUACCAUAGGAACUUUUCAACAAAGUUUCACCAAUCUGGUUGCCCGAACAAAAUUUGCCAUAAUAUGAGAUCUGAGAUUCAAAAAGCUCAUCGUUUUCAUGGUCCAUCUUUUAAAAACACCGAUGCAACUAAGUGGUGUAGUAGUCCGUGGGAAAUUGCGAAAUGUUUUAUGCCCCCCGAUGGUUACAAGGAUGUAAUGAGAGCAGUAGAUACCGAUUUUAAUGGUAUAAUCAGUGUUAUUGUUAACUUCAAAGGAUUUGAGACAAAAAUUAACGAUGAUCUCUCCAAAAAGAAUAACAUAUUUGACAAGGGUAGAAACGUUGGUAAAGAUGUCAGACAUUCUCCAAAACUAGAGGUCGAGGAUGCAGAUCUUAAACAGUAUUUUACAAUUCUAAAUGAUAUAUUGACUGAUCCUGGAUUCAUAGCUUUAAAUAAAACACCAAACAACGCAAUUCAGAAAUUAGCAAAGCUUCAAAAGGAUGAGCUGAUCAUUGGUAAAGAUGUUGUUCGCGCAGUUUUGGAAGAUGUUGGCAAUGCUAUCCAGGAACAAAUAAGAAACGAGAUGGAUGAGUACAAACAAAAGACUGAGAAACAAAAAUUAGAGCUUAUUGAGAUAAUAAAUUUAAAAGUAAAAGAUAUUGACGAUAAGGAAAAUUGUUCACUUUCCAAGUUAAAUGAUGCAUUCACAUCGUCAAUUGAUGCUUUUGAGGCUAAAGUACAAGAAUCUAUUCAAGAGAUAAGGAAGCAAAAAACAAAGGGGAAAAGAAAGAUAAAAAUUGUUGCUAAUGAGGGAGUUAAAAAAAUUAAGAAAGAGGGAGCAAAUGUAAUAAAAGAAAUACAAACAGCUGCGGAAAAACUCAGGGAUACUGAUGCUGAUGCUAAAAUGUCGGAGGAAACAUAUCAGAAACGAAAAGAAGGUAAUGAAAUAUAAUAAUUAUUAUUAAAACGUUUCAAUAAAUUGCUUUUUUUCUCCCUUCUUGUUAAUAUCCUAAGAUUGACAUUUUACCUUGCCUAUGAAUAUUUUGCAUGUUGUAUAUUCUUACAUGUCUCGUUAUUUUGUUGUUAUAUACAAAUAUUGAAGUAAAAACCGGUCUUGUAUUGCCAAUAAAAUAUUGGUUAGCGACUACAUGUUUAUGCAGCUGUUCUUUUUUUACACAUGCUCUCCCUCCCAUAACAGGGUUGACAGAAGCUUUAAAAUAACGCAUUAUACUGUUGAUACUGAUCGUUCUUAUAAUGUUUUAUUUUUACGUCAUGCAAAAUUGACAUCUAACAUACACUAAUAUCACAAAUUAUAUCCAUGAAAGAUGAUAUAAUUUAUAUUAGUGACAUCUUAGAGAACUUGUAAGCAGCGUAAUGACGUCCUUCUAUUUAUGGAUCUCAUUCAUGAAGGCGUU